AUGUCUUUUUCUUAAGAUGAUGAAUUACUAGAAUUAAAUUCAAGAUAUGACAAUAUCCAAAAACUUAAUCAAAAUAUUUUCAUUGAAAAUUAGAAAUUAUAACAUGAAAUCCAAAUAUUGAAAUAGGUAAAUCAUUUAAUCUAAUUCUAGUCUUUGAUUCAAUUUGAAACUGAAAACAAUGAUUUAAAUGAUUAAAUUGAAAAUCUCAAGAAUGAUUUAAGAACCUAAUUUACUAUUAGUUAGAAUUUAAGAUAAGAAAAUGAAUUCUUUGAAAAUUAAAUACAUGACUAUAAAAAAUAAAUUGAAUUUGCUGGAACAUAUUACAACUAGAUUGUUUAAGAAAAUGAUCUUUAGAUAUCUUAAAUUUAGUAAAAAGUUCAAUAAAAUGAUUAUCUUACUUAAGAGAAUCAUUUAUAUAAAGAUCAAAUCAUAUCCUUAUAAGAGGAUAAUGAUUAAUUAACUUAAGAAUUAAAUAACCUAUAGGAAUCAAUAAAUAAUCAUGAAAAUUUUAAUUAAGACAUCAAACAUUACUAAAAUUAAGAUUAAAACAAAAAUAUUAAUAAAAAAAACAGGAAGAAAAAUAAAGAAUUAGAGAGAUUAAUUAUUAAAAAAGAAUAAGAAAUAAGUCAAUUAUAUUCUACAAUAGAGGACUUAAAAAAUUAUAUUUAAUAAAUGAAAUAUCAAUCAGAAAAAAAUGAAUAAAAUCUUACUAAUUUAUAUAAUAGUUAUUAAUAAAUUGAAAUAGAAAGAAAUAAAUUAGUAUCUAAAAUCGAUUCAAUUUAGAAUUCUAAUGAUAGAUAUUCUAAUUAAUAAUAAUAAUAUUAAAACUCAGAGUAAAAUAAGAAUAAAGAAUGUUAAUAAUUAAAAAUAUAAUUAGAUUAAUUACAAAUGUAUAAUUAAAAAUAUUAAUAAUAAAUAUAAACUAUAAAUGACGAAUUUACUAUUAUUAUUUAAAAGCAUUCUGAUUUAUAAGAUUUGAAUAAUCAACAUUUGUAGGAAUUAUAAAUCUUAAAAAAUGAAUUAUUUGAAAAGGAAUAGUUUUUAGAAAAGAUAUAAUAAUAAUUACAAUAAAAAUAAUUAAAAGAAUAAUAGUUAUAACAAUAAACCAAAGAAAUUAAUUAAUAAUUAAAGGAAUUAUAAUAAAACAAGUCUGAUUAAUAGACUUUUAUUAUGUAAUUAUAAAAAGAAAAUCAAAUAUAUUCAACAAAAUUAAAUUAGUUAAAAGAUUAAUAAUCAAAAGAAUUUAAAGAUAAUAUAAUUUAAAUAGAUUAAUUAAAAAAAGAGAGAUAAAAUCUAAUAGAUCUUAUUAAAAUUAAAGAUGAAAAUUAAGUAGAAUUAGAGAUAGAAAAAAAGAAUUUAUAAAUUAUGUUAAAAUAAAUAUAAGAAAAAAGAAUUCAUUUAGAAUAGACAGAAUAGUAUAAUAAUAAUAUUUAAAUAAUUUAGAUCUUUUGUAGUAGUCACUUAAUAAUGUAUGUAAUUGUAAGAUUAGAAUAGAGAUCUAUUAAGGUAAGUUUCUAAUCUUGAAAAUGAUUUAUAAAAAAAUGAAGAAGAAUUGAGACAAUUAAACAGAAUUAAUAAAAAGUAUAAAUAUAUUGUAAUUUAAGUUCGUAAAAUUUUGAUAAAAGUACAUAAUAAAUGAUAUUUAAAGAUAGAGAAAUAAUACAUUUAUAAUAAGUAGUAGAAAGAUUAGAAGGAAUGAAUAGAUAAUUAUAAUAAGAAUGUGAUAGACUUGUUGCAAAAAUUUAAUUAACUUCACAUGAAAAUACUUUAUUAAGUAGAACAAAUAGAGAAUUUGGUUAGAUGGGAAAAUUAUUAAUUGAAGGAUAAUAAAUUAAGGAGAUGUUAGAAAAGAAAAAAUAUGAAAAACCAUCCACAUUAAUAAAUAGUAAAGCUCCUUAAGUGAUAUAAUAAUUGUAGUAAUAUAAUAGAAGGCCAUCUUUAAAAAAGUCUUGA